GUUAAUUAUGUUAUAAUUCUGUAAAUCUAUUUUUGAUUUCGAUCAAUUUUUAAAAAUAAUAAAAGAAUUUUGGUUAAUUUGUGAUUGGAUAAAACCACAAGUGUUGUUUAGGUAUAAUUUGGCUAGAAAAUCAAUCAAUUAACCGGACAGUCAACCAACCAAUCAAUUAACCAAUCCAAUCAAUCAACCAAUCCAAUCAAUCAACUAAUCAAUCAACCAAUCAAUGAUGAAUUUCUUCAAACGUAAACCAACUUUCCUCCUCUCCCUCUCCAUCAUCAUCUCCAACGUUCCUGACAUAUUGGCCUUUACAAGUACCCCCAGACCAUGCGGCUACGACAAAAUCGCGGGCCAGAACACACAGGGGGGACUGGUACAGCCCUACAAUACCCUUGAGGACUGCCAAAACAUGUGCCCUCAGACCACGGGCACUAAUUACUGUCAGUACGGAUUCGAUUGGGAUAGCACUAAUUUACCUAACAGGAGGUGCUGGUUCUCCACUAAUAAUGUUCUUGCGCCGGCCACUGGGAUUGAUCAUUACUUCAUUUCCUGUCCUUUAUCAAGUCCCUUGUCCGUAGUUCCUGGCAUGACGACAAUGCAAAACUUAGUGCCACAGGAGUGCACCUGGACUCCUUAUGGCAACACGAACACGAAAGGUGGUAGGGCCAUCCCUUUAAAAGAUGACACUCUGGAGAACUGCCAGCUCUACUGCAACCAACAUCUGAAUGAGUGUAUGAAAGGAUUCGAUUACAACCCUUCAAAUCCGCCCAACAUGCGUUGCUUCGUAUCCACCGACACUAAAUGGUACUUCACCACUGGCGUUACUCAUUUUCAACCAUCCAGUGCUUGCUACGGACAAACACCAACGCCAUAUCCAAGAAGAAAUAGAGCUGGCACUCCAAGAUUCAAUCAAUCGCUCAUAGGCAUUUUACUGGCUGGGCUGCUAGUGAAACUUCUGACCAAUGGAAUGUGAUCAAUGUUAUUCGGCUAAGAACCAUUGUGAUAUACUCUGAAUUAUUUUUAAUUAUAAUUAUAAUUAAACCAAUAAUUAUAAUCAUAAUAAUAACAAUUGUUAUUAUCAAUAAUUAAUUUAGAGAUUUUUAUAUAGCCAAUUAAGUUAUCAACAAUCAUAUUUAUAUGUAUUAAUAUUUGUAUUCUUAUGUGAUAAAAUUUAACGUAAGAAUUUUGCAUUCUCCUUUUUCAAUAAUAAAAUUAUUUAUUUAUUUAUUCAUUCAUUUGUUUAUACAUUUUUUUUAUUCAUAUAUUUAUUUGUUUUAUAAUUUUUUCAAUUAUUUGACGGAAAAUAUUGAAAUAGUGAUAGCCAGUUGUAGCUCUUAGAACUCAUUACUAGCCGAACUCAUCAUUUCCUAUUUCUAACCAAGUUUUCUUAAUUAAAUGAACAAUUAAUUAAUUAACUAAUUAAUUACGCGAUCAAUCAAUAAAGUGAUUAAUUAAUUUUGGUUUAAGUUUUUCCCUCUGAUCUUUCGCUUAAAUUCGAAAUAAAAAUAUUUUAAACUGGUGAUAAAAA